CAAAGAAGAAAAGAAGAGAUAUGGGCGGGCGGGUUGUAGAGGGCACAGAUGAAGGCGGGAUUGCCAGAAAGCUAUGGAAGAAAUUCAAGCACGAAACGGCCUUUGCUUUGUAUACCCCGUUUGUGGUUGGAUUGGGCUCUUCUACUCUGGACUCCCAAACUUUUCUUCGCUGCAUCUCUCAAGAUGUCUACUUUCUUCAAGCCUUCUCCAAGGCGUACGAAUCUAUCUCUAUUCGUUUCUCUGGUUUAAUUCUUCGAUUGCGUGUUGGGAUUGACAGGCGGUUUAGGUUUGGAUGUGAAUGAAGGUAUGAAUUUGCGGAGGAGUAUGCGGAUGAUGAGGAAGAUAAGGAAGCUAUUGGCAUGCUGAGAAAGCGCGUGCUGAGGAGGCUCGGCGAUCAACACAAUCUUGUUCAAGAUUGGGGGUUUGAGCUUCCAAAAGAUAGCACUUGUGUUACUGCAACAAUCAAAUACACAGACUUUUUGAUGGCAACAGCCGUCGGAAAAGUUGAUGGAGAAAAGUUUCCUGGUAAAAUUGUGACUCCUUUUGAGAAGACAAAGCUUGCUGCAUAUACUCUAAGUGCCAUUGCUCCUUGUAUGAGGCUAUACCACUUUGUAAGUAGGGAAAUUAAGGCCAUUCUUGACCCUCAAGAGAAAACCAACCCAUACGAGAAGUGGAUUGAUAGUCUCUCCUCUGAUAAGUUUGAGGUAGCAGCUUCAACAAUUGAAGAUUCGCUAGAUAAAUUAUGCAUAUCUUUGACCAGUGGGGAGCUUGAAAUUGUGGAAAAGCUAUAUCACCAAUCACUGAAACUCAUAUUAGAAUUCAUAUCGUCUCAUCCAUACGUCCACUCAUCAUCAAUUGUCCCCAUUGUUUCUCAGCUGCAAGAACCUGCUGAAUCCAAUGUUAGAAUGUUCUGUGAUUUUGACAUGACAUGUUCUGCAAUUGAUUCAUCUGCCCUAUUAGCAGAGAUGGCAAUCUUUGCUGCAAGAAAGGCCUCUCUGAACGAAUGUGACACUCAACCUUCUCAGCCUAUAACACCCGAUCUCGCUGCCACUUGGGGCAGUUUAUCCAGCAAGUACAUUGAAGAGUAUGAGCAAUGCAUUGAAAGCAUUCUACCCACUGAAGCUGUGGCAAAUUUUGAUUAUGACCGCCUAUGUAAAGCACUUCAAAACCUAUCUGAUUUUGAGAAAACAGCGAACUCGAUGGUGAUUGCUUCUGGUGUACUGAAGGGUCUGAGUGAAAAUGAUAUAAAACGGGCUGGUGAGCGCUUAAUAUUUCAAAGAGGCUGCAAAAACUUCUUCCAGGAAAUAACAAGAAGUGAGAACCUUCUCAUGGGUGUUCAUGUGCUUUCCUACUGCUGGUCCGGGGAUCUCAUCAGGUCCGCCUUCUCUUCAGGGAAACCAGAUGUUGUGAGUGUGCAUUCAAACGAGUUGGUAUAUGAAGAGUCCAUUACCAGCGGCAAAAUGAUUCAGAAGAUGGAGUCCCCUAUGGACAAGCUUGAGGCCUUCAACGGCAUCUUGGACAACCAUGGAAACGAGAGCAAGCCACUGACAGUGUACAUAGGAGGUUCAGUCAGUGACUUGCUUUGCCUUCUCAAUGCAGAUAUUGGGAUUGUGAUAGGUAUGAGUGACAUGCUAAGGACAGUAGGUGAGGGGUUUGGAGUUACAUUUGUCCCACUCUUCCCUGGGUUGGUCAAGAAACAAAGACAACUGUCUGAAUGUGGUUGCUGUAACUGGAAUAGGAUGUCUGGGAUUCUCUAUACAGUCUCCAGUUGGGCUGAGAUACAUGCUGCCCUUCUGGGGAAAAGGACAAUUUCGCCCUCACCCAUAUAAAAAGCGUAUAUUACCCACCCGGGAGAUAAUUAGUUUACCUAAACAGCUGAACUUAGAAGGAUAUAGGUAGGUAGGUUAUAUUGUGCCUAACAUUAACGGGUGGCUUAUAUUGGUAGCCAUUUGACUCCCACUCUGAUAUUGGACCUCUGUUCAUAUGGCCUCAAGUAUCAUCUGCAUUUUCCGUUCGCCAGUUUUUGUUCAGAACAGUUUGAUCAGGCAUCCCACGUACAGGUUCCAAGUUUAUGGGGUUGAUGUUCUUUUUCUUUUUGAGUUUCUUGGUAAUAAUGUUGGAAUAUGAGAUGUUUUAAUUAUCUCAUAAUCUCAUUUCAUUGUGUAAUAACUAAAACAUGAAAGAAAUGGUUUGUGUACAU